AUGUCAGAAGAAAAAAUAAUAAUAUUCAAUGCUUCAAAAAAAGAAGCAGGUAAUCCAAGUACAAAUAUUAAGAAAAUAAUCAGAAAAUAUAAGGGUCCAUAUAAAUGUGGUCGAAAUAAAGAAGAAAUUACAUUUGAGAGAUUAAAGAUGGCUCAUUUAGUAGUAUUUUUUUGUCCAAAAGACUUAUUUAAUAAACAAGAAUUCGAGGCUUUAAAAUAAUACAUAUAAAAUGGCGGUCGUUUAUUUUUUUUGAGUUCUGAAGGCGGAGAACAUAAAAAUUAAACAAAUAUUAAUUAUUUUUUGGAAUAAUAUGGUAUUAGUGUGAAUUCUGAUUGUGUUGUAAGAACGGCUUUUUAUAAAUAUUUUUUCCCAAAAGAGACUUUUAUUAGUAAUGGAAUUUUAAAUGAAGAAGUUGUUAGGGUAGGAAGUGGAUUACCAAAGGAAAAUAAAAAACCUUAGAAUAAAUUUCUGUCUAAUAUCUUGGGUAAGGACAAUGAUGAUGAUGAAGAUGAGUAUAUUAGAGACUCUUUGAGGGGUGGCUUGGACUUUGUUUAUUGUUUUGGGUCAAGUUUAAAUGUUUAGUUACCUUCUUAAGCUGUCUUGGGAAGUGGACCGCUAUCUUAUCCAUCUAAUAGACCUGUAGGAGCUAUUUAUAUGAAUAAAAGUGGAGGAAGAAUAGCAGUAUGUGGAUCUUAUGAAAUGUUUUGUGAUGAGUAUUUUGAUUAAGAAGAUAAUGCAAAGAUCUUUGAGUUCUUUAUGAAGUUUCUUUUAAGUGAUGAAUGUGAAUUUCAAUUUUAAAACAAAGAAUAAGAAUAAGAAUAUAUAUAUGUACCUGAUAUAGGAGAAUUAGCUGAUAACUUAAAAAGUUGUUUACAAGAAAGUGAUGCAUUACCUUUAGAUUAUAAAUAAUUAUUUAGUAAUGAUAUUUUCAAAUAUGAUACUGAUUUAAUACCUGAAGCUGUUAAAUUAUAUGAACUAUUAAGUGUUAAACAUGAAACAAUAACUUUAAUAGUGCCUUAAUUUGAAACACCUUUAUUAGGUAUGAUUCCUGCUACGUUUCCACCUAUUUUAAAAGAAUUAUAACCUCCUAAUUUAGAAUAAUUUGAUUUAGAUGAUGAAUUUGCUUCUCUGAGUCGGAGAAAAUACAUAAAUAUAAAUAUAAAUAUAUAUAUAUAUAUAUAUAUAUAUAUAUAUAUAUAUAUAUAUAUAUAUUUAUAUUUAUGUAUUUAUAUAUUUUUAUUUUUUAUUAUAGGGUAAGAUUAGCACAAUUAACAAAUAAAUGUGAUAAUAACGAUUUAGAUUAUUAUGUAAAGGAAAGUGGUGAUAUUUUAGGAGUUACUGAUAAGGUUAAAAAUAAACAUGAUGCUAAAGCUAUUUUAAGAUAUAUCAUGGAAGAAUUAGUAAUAUUUUUAUUUUUUUUAUAAUUAUUAAAUUAUUUUAAUAUAAAUUUAGAUAUAGUUUAAAAAAUUAAACUAAGGAUGA